CCUGGGGCUCCGCAAGAGGCGGAGAGGCUGCGGGAGAGUCUGGCGGGGGGAGAUCCAGAGGUUCUCCGGAUACAGAAACUUGAAGCCAUUUGAAAUCUUUGCAAGGCAAAAUUUUCUGUUGCUGGGAAAAAAAGAGCGGAGUCACUUGGAGGGAUCAGAGUCCUGAGGCUCCAGAAAUGAUCCUGUGAAGGAAAAGGCAUCUGGAGACCCAGAAGAAUCCUUGAAGCCAUUUGGAGUUGCUCUGCAGGAGAGGGAAAGGAUGGAGACACAACCUUUGGGAAAGGAGGGAGCCAGAAAAGGCCCUUCAGCUGCUCAGCCUGGGAAGCUCUGGACAAGGACCAGGCAGGAGAUCCUGGAGGAGGAAACCAUCCUCCCUUCAGAAGUUCAGCCCUGGAAUUUCAUCCAAUAUCGGGAGGCUGAGGGUCCCCGAGGACUUUGCAGCCGACUCCAUGACUUUUGCAGGCGCUGGCUGAGAUCAGAAAAGCACACCAAAGCCCAGAUGCUGGACCUGGUGGUUCUGGAGCAGUUCCUGGCUCUCCUGCCCCCAGAGAUGGAGAGCUGGGUGCGGGAGUGUGGAGCAGAGACCAGCUCCCAGGCGGUGGCCCUGGUGGAAGGCUUCCUCUUGAGCCAGGGAGAGGAACAGAAGGAGCAGGUCGAGAUGCAGGUGAGACACUUUAGGGAGCUCAAAAGACAAUAG